AUGUUCCAGCAAUUAUUGCCACGAAGGCUAAUCUGGAGACCGCUGGGCAUACUUCAACCCGUCACAAGACGAUCUGGUCUUCGAGCAAGGUCAUCAUACAUUGCUCAAUCGAACACCAGAGUCAAACGUAUCAAAACCAAAGAGGAACUAGCCAAGGAGAAAUUGGAAGAGCAACUAAAGUCUGAAAACUGGUUUAUAAGAUGGGGAGCAAUUGCAAGAACUGAAAAGUUCACCAAAGGAAUGACCAAAUAUCUUAUUGGAGCCUAUGUGUUCUUCCUGAUCUACGGUCUUUACUUCAUGAAGAAAAUGUAUGCUAAGGAAAAGGAACUUGAAAGACUGGAGGCAAAACAAUUGGAGGGCAAGGCAAACGAAUUUGAAACUCUGCGGAUCAAAGAACUAAGAGGAAAACUCAGGACUCGAGAUGAACGUAAAUUGGCCGUAUAUCGAGCAAUGCCUUGGGAUGAAAAUCAGGACUCAUCCCAACUUGACCAUGUAACUUUGGAAAACAACGAUGAGAACAACACCAACAAGCGAAUUUUGCCUGCCCGUGAUACCACCGAUUUCUACGAUUUCAAAGCCUCUGAAUAUGACGAGGGUGUGAAUUUUGAAGAAAAAGCGAUCUUCAUGGGAAGAAGACGCAAAUGGCUUAUGAAGUAUUGCCAAGGUGACGUUCUGGAGGCUGCUUGCGGCACGGGGAGAAAUCUAAAAUACGUUGACCUCUCCAAGAUCAACUCCAUAACCUUUUUGGAUGCAUCUGAAAAGAUGAUGGAGCUAACGCACGAAAAGUUCCGGAAGGAGUUUCCCAACUUUAAAAAAGCGGCAUUCGUUGUGGGCAGAGCGGAAAACCUCGUGAAUUUGGCUGCUGGUGGAGAGGUUCAGGGCGUUAAUCCUGAGACCAAAGUCAAGUACGAUACAAUCGUUGAGGCCUUUGGGCUGUGUUCACUCGAAGAUCCCGUCAGGUCUUUGCAGAAUUUCGAAAAGCUGUUGAAGCCAGGUGGAAGAAUUGUGUUACUAGAACACGGAAGAGGAACGUACGGCUUCAUCAACAAGAUCUUGGAUGACAGGGCAGAGAAACGUUUGGAAACGUGGGGAUGCAGGUGGAAUUUAGAUCUAGGCGAAAUUCUUGACGAUUCCGGUUUGGAAAUCGUGGAAGAAAACAGAACACAUUUGGGAACGACGUGGUGCGUUAUAGCCAAGAGAAAGGGGGACGUCAAGAAAAAUGCUGAGGUUGGUUUUGUGGAGAAAUACUUUAGUUCCAGCAUCAAAAACAAGAUUGAGGCCUACGCUAAUGUCGAAGCAUCUUCCGAAAAGUCAAAUGGUGGGAACACAACCGAUGAUAAAUGA